CUAAAACAUAAUACAGUGCAAACAAACCAAACCAACCACCCACAGAUAACAGUACAUACAAGCAAGCGCCGUCAGGCAGGCCGGGUCAAUAUCAAUAGGGCAGGUAGGUACAGGGGGAGCAAGCGGAGAUGGGUCGGGGUCACAGGCCAGGUUCAGCAGGUAGCAAGCAGCGUGGUACAGAGGGUCAGGCAGAGGGAUGGUCAGGAGCGAGCCGGGAUCAGAGCAGGAAAAGUCAGCAGCGGUUCAGAUCAGGCAGGGUCAGCAAAGGAACAGAAACAGGAUGCAGGACAGAUACAGGGCCCAGGACAAACACAACACCAAGGCAGAGUCUGCAAGUCUGGCCAU